ACGAUAAAAUAUAAUUCGAGCUAUUAUAGAUUUUUUUUAUAUUAGAAUUUAUUAUAGACAUUUGGCUCAACAGUAGAUUGAGCAUAUCAUGAAUUCCAAUAGACAAGAAGGAGACAAUCUCUCCAUUAGCUCUUCUUUAUCUUCUACUCCUACAGAAAGAACACCUUUAAUUAUUAAUAAGCUUCCUAAUAACGAAAAAGAUGAUACCUCAACAUGGUCUAACGAAUUCCGUUGGCUUCUUAAGAAUGCUUUACCCGUUAUAUUUACUUUUUUGAUGCAAAACUCAUUACAGAUGGCCUCUAUUUUCACUUUGGGUCACUUGGGUCCGACAGAAUUAGCUGCCGCAGCACUUGCUAGUAUGUUUGCUAGUGUCACUGCUUGGUCCAUAGCCUUCGGUACAGCCACUGCACUUGAUACACUCUGUUCACAAGCAUGGACAGGGGCUAAAGACAAAACUCUUGUAGGAAUUCACCUUCAAAGAGCACUUUGCAUUUUAGCUUUAAUGUUUAUACCCAUUGCGAUUUUAUGGUGGAACUGUACCAAAUUACUCCUGAGUCUCAACCAAGAUCCAGAUUUAGCUUAUCAUGCAGGUGUCUUUUUGCGUUGUUUAAUGUUAGGUGCACCUGCUUUUAUUGCCUUUGAAGCAACUAAAAAAUUUCUUCAAGCACAAGGUAUCAUGCAAGCCUCUACCUAUGUCUUGAUGAUCGUUUCACCUCUCAAUUUGGUUCUCAACUAUACCUUGGUCUAUUUACCUCCCUUCCAGUUGGGUUUCAUGGGUGCGCCAUUAGCGACGAGUUUUAGUUAUUGGUUGAUGUUCAUUUUACUCGUUUGUUAUAUAAGGUUUGUAAAGGGCAAGGAAGCAUGGGGUGGUUGGUCAAGUGAAUGUUUGACAGACUGGUGGCCCUUCUUGAAGCUCUCUAUCCCUUCUCUAUUGAUGAUUACAGCCGAAUGGUGGGCAUUUGAACUUUCAUCAUUAGCUGCCAGUUAUUUAAGCACGAAUGAUUUGGCCACACAGUCGAUUGUUCUAACGACAGCAUCAGCGACAUAUACAAUUCCCUUUGGUGUCUCUGUCGCUGCCUCUAAUCGUAUCGGUAAUGCCCUGGGUGCUAGUCUUGCUCAAACUGCCAAGAUUGCGUCUUACAUCACGAUUUGUCUAGCUGUCUUCUUUGGUACCCUUAAUUCUACCUUCUUUAUGCUUACUAGAGACCGAAUUGGAUACCUGUUUACAUCGGAUGAAGAUGUAGUUAGAUUAGUGUCACAGAUCAUACCUCUAUGUGCCCUCUUUCAAAUUGCAGAUGGUAUAUCUGGUGUCUGUGGUGGUGUCAUUCGUGGUAUGGGUCGUCAGUCGUUUGCAGCCUGGGUGAAUUUAUUUUCAUAUUAUGUUGUCGCCCUCCCAGUUGGAUAUUGGUUAACAUUUGUCAAGGGAUGGGGUAUCAAGGGUCUUUGGAUAGGUUUAACGUUAGCUUUGUUCUUGGUCGCUACAGGUUCCCUCCUAUUUCUGUUAACAGCAGAUUGGAAUCAUGAGGUCAGAAAGACACAAUUGAGAGUAAAAGCUGAAGAAGAUCGUUUAUUAGAAGAUGGAUAUGCAGCAUAAAAUAAAUAAAUUUAUAUACAUAUACAUAUAUAUAUAUUCAUAUACAAUUCAUUUAACAAUUAUCAUUUAAUAUUAUAUUAUAGCAUUUAAUAAAAAU